UAAUAAUGUAGUCGUAUGAAGUAUUCUUAAGGAUACCAGUGGCCAUUGUAGAAGCUUCUUUGCACUUGAAGCUUACAGCAAAUUGAAAGUGAUGCCAUACAAUGUACAAGUUGCGAGUACAAUACAGAUGGUUUAUAUUUGUUGAAUUCGUGUAGAAAAAUUAAAUGAGGGUAAACUAAAGAUUUUAUUAUUGAGUGAAAAAAAGGGGAAUUUCGAUUGUAAUGGGGGAAAAUGUCAAUGUCGGUUCGUAAACACUGUCCUGGACCCGUCUUCCGAUCGGUGAUCCCGUGCUGAAUUCUGAUAUCAGACAGGCACUAGACUGUAGAAUCGGUUCUGCUCAUUCUCCUGACAGUUUGACCGUCGACGGACGUUUUUCCUGUUUGAGACCGUUUCGCGGACGGAUGAGGAUUUCCAACGAUUUCAACGAGGAUUCUUCGUUUUCGGACAGCAGCCAAGUCGCAGCCCGGUCGGGAUCCAACUCCCUUGGACAGAGGUCUGCCCGAAGAUGGACAUAGUAGAACAGCUCAAGGAAGAAGGAUGGAUACUUUCACCUGAGGGUUAUCAACUUUUGACAGAAGAAGGAAAACUCACUGAUAAAAAUGCCAUUCUGAAAAAAGCAUUGGACAUUGAUAUAUGUGAGCUAGGAGGAUGUAGCUUUCCUUCUGAUCUCGUGAAAGGAAAAUGUGAAAAUAUCCAAGGGGAUAUAGUAGUUCAGAUCAAAAAAAUAAGGAAUAUUUCUGCUCCCAAGUCGAAUCAGACUUCGCAACAUGCACCUCGUAUGUUCAAGCUGUCUUUGACAGACGGCACUCAUGCCGUGCCUGCAGUGGAAAUGAAGCAAUUGUCCCAAGUCAGCUUGAACACACCGCCUGGUACGAAGCUGAGGCUUAAGGGUGAAAUCGCUAUCAGAAAUGGCCUUCUUCUUCUUUAUCCUUCAAACGUCGAGUUUCUUGGAGGCAACGUUUCGAAGCUAGUCGAAAAAUGGUUAAACCAGAGCUUUACACACCAAACAAGACGCAGAGUGGGUGCUCUAGAUGGUCCUCCGCCAUGGAUCCCUUUCGGAGAAAAAAUGGUCCAAAAUGAUCUUUCAGAGAGGAAUCUCAAAAUUGUUGACGAUAAAGAUAAAGAGAACAAGAACAAUGGCGAGUUUGAGGCACAGAGGAGGGAUGCAAUUGCAGAGGUGAAAACAGGUCCAAAGGUAUUCGGGGGUGGAAACAAACCAAUUGUUGACAAAAAUAUCCAGGCUUUAAUGGAAAAAGGUUUUACACUCCAGGAAGCACAAACUGCUCUCAAACAAAACAAAAGUUUUGACCGCGCUUUAAAAAAUCUUCAGAGAAAAACGGGAAAAGGAGGAGAUGAUAAGGAAAAAACUGAAAAAGAGGGUGGUGGUAAAGGUAAAAGAAAGGCUGACAAUGAUCAGGUCCAGAGUCAGAAACCGACAUCGACCAUUCUACUCUAUCAGUACGUCAAAGACUCCUUGCCAGGCCACACUCUAGAAAAAGAGGAGGAAAAAGAAAAAGAGAAAGAAAAAGAAAAAGAGAAGCAGAGGGAGUGGGAAAAGUUCGAACAGAGUAGCCAUGGACAAAGGAACUUUAACCACGAUAAAGGCAGGUCUAGCGGCGGACACAGGAGCACCCACUCAAACAGCGGUGCCAGUGAUCGCAGACCAAGAGAGAGCAAUCGUUGGCAAGGGCCUAAUCAAAAUCAAAAGCCUCCGAGGUUUCAAAAUCAAAACAAAAAUAAAGUGGAGAUGUCUGACCACUUUGAUCAUUUUGUCAGCAGAAACGAAGUCGGCUCGGUGACCAACUUCAGAAAUAGUGGCGACAACUAUUUCUCACCUAAAAGCAAUAGUUCACAAAAUACUCAGCAAUACAACGGCCAUAGGAAUUAUUUUAAAGUCGAUAAUAUGAAUUACAAUCAACCUAGCGGUAGUAGCAAUGGGGAAUAUAGAAAUCAGAAUUCGUAUAAACCGGCAGGGAUGCCGGACAUUCCCGAGUUCCCAUACAAGGACAACAAUUCUCUGAUGUCAAUGGUUCCGAUGAACAGUCUCUCGUCUAGUUACAACAAUCGUAUCAACACUCCUAAUGGCACUGUCAGCAAGCCAGACAAAUACCGCUGGCAGAAGGGUGACAAGUGUCUUGCCAAAUAUUGGGAGGACAAUGAGUUUUAUAAAGCGGAAGUGACAGCAAUAUCUAAAAAGACGUGUGUAGUUCGGUUCCUUGAUUACGGCAACUUUGAGGAAGUUCUCCAAGACGACUGUUACCCUUUGCCUGCGGAAAAUGCUUCGAACCACCCUGGCAUGUCUGAAGACAGAAAUGUCAACUUCAACAACGGGUUGAUGGAGUUCAGGAGGGGAGGACGAGGCUCGUACGUCAAGUCGGGAGAAAGCAUGGGACCAAGGAAGAACCAGCGCUACUCGCAGUCGAUGUACAUGCCGCCGCCUGGGAGAAGUGCCAAAUAGCCUUCCCUGAGCAUCUCAACAUUGCCCUCCGAUUUGGACAAUGGGCCCGUGAGGUGCCACUCAUGCUUAUCUCGGUAGUAUUUUGUGAAUAUAAUAAAUAACCAGUACCUUUCGUCUCCUAGGACUAAAGACAAAAUUGAACUAAUUUCUUUUUUUUCUUUUCAUCUUGUACAAUAAAUUACCUCUGGUGGUGAAUAUUA